AUGUCGGUCUCUGCCUCGUCCAUCUCCGCUGCUUCGCCAGUAGAGACCGCAGCGAUGCUUUCAGCGAGCCCGAGCGAGGCGCCCAACUCUGCGCCGCCCGCGCUGCCCUUGCACGGCGUCGACGUUCACAAGAUUCCGCAGAUUCUGCCGCGGGAGCGUGUGUUUCCGAUCCAGAUUGGCGGAGAGCUGUUUAAGCUGUCUGGCGCAUCUCUCUCAUCCGAUGCUCCAUCAUACUUUUCGCAAUACUUUCUUUGCCAGAUCCAGGCGGCCGAGCAAAAGGGCGAAGACCCGAGUACCUCGAUCCGGACGCUCUACAUCGAUCGCGACCCGCAGACCUUUCGAGAUAUUGCGCUGCAUCUACAAGGAUACUAUGUGAUACCGCGAGACGGGACGCACUUUGUGCGCUUGUUUGCAGAUGCUCAGUUCUAUAACCUCCCCAAGCUCAUCUCUCAACUCAACGAGGAGAGCAUCUUCAUGUCCAUCGGCCAUCGCGAAUUCCAGAUUCCCCGUGACGUCCUCAACGACCCUGCCAACUCGCCCAACUACUUCUCGCUCGGCUUCGCCCUCUUCUUCUCCCAGCCAAACGACCUCUUCCCCGGCCUCGACCGCGAGGGCCUGAUACGCCCGCCGUCUAUUCUCCCGCCGUCGGUGCCUAAUCGCAACGCCGACACCUUUGCCGAGCUGCUUCGGCUGCUGCGCGGAUAUCCCGUCAAUAUCCGCGACGAAAACCAUCGCCAAGAACUCCUCCGCGACGCUCGAUAUUUCCACUUCAAGGGUAUAGAGCAGCAGCUCAUCCCCCAUUCCAUCAGCUUCAACCCCUUGCGCCUCAUCGACGAGAUUAUCCUGCGGUUGGAGAAUGUACAAAAGAGUGGCGUCAGUGUUCCGCCGGCCGAGGAAAUCAGCGACGGCCAAACCAUCUCUUCGGGGCGGCAUGUCAAUUACGCUCGCCCAUACGUAGACAGCAAGCCAGCCGAGCUGAUAUUGGAGAUUGGAGAGACGACAACGAUGCUCAAGUUCUCCGCCAAUGGCGUCAAGGCAGAAUUCUUCGGCCGCACGAAAACCAGGGUAGCCAAACUCCUCGAAGUAGUCGCGACAAAGCUCAGUCUGCCCCUGACCACACAACCAUUGGGCGUCCUCAUGGCCUCCGGGGGCGCCGGCUCACAACCACCCACGCCGGGACACACCCCUCUCAGUGAGGACCUCGUCCGAGUCAUCUUCGAGGCCGAAUCCUCAGUCACCCUCGACGGCGAAGAGUACGGCGAAGACCUGAGCAACUACUCUCCGCCCGAAGACGCCCCUGCCAUCCCGUCCGACACUGAGCCCGCCCGGAAUCCUAGGAAGCGCCGGCGGACCGAGGAUGACAGCAUCGAGGACGUCGGCGGUGCUCUUCCCAGCGAGGGCCAGGAAUGGGCUGUCAAGACGGGCCAGUUUAGGCUGCGGAUACAGGAAAGCAGGAGUGGCAAGAGUGCGCUUGAGUGCGUGUUUGUGGCUGUCAAGAUUGAUGCUGUGAGCUCGGAGAGGGGGAGGAACAAGAUGAGAAAGUUUCUAGGUGAUUAA